AUGGCAACCCAAAUGUCAGCGACUCCGCAGCCAGCAACCAACGGCAAGACCCACGCGCGGGGUUCUCAAGGCACCACAUCGACCGACGCAACUGCGACACCUACGCCUUCCGUGAAUCGCAAGAAGCAGAAGCGCCGAGAGAAACAGGCCGCUCGCCUGGCCGCCGAACAUCAUGACGCUUACGGCUCCGGGCAUGCGGACUUGUUGGCUACAGAUGAACAGCGCUCCGGCGACGAUGACCAUGAAUAUGAACCUUCAGACCGCAUUUCUCCAGUGACUCCCGGUCAUUACGGCUAUGAAUCUCCGCAUCAACACCCCCGCGGGCUGCCCAUGACAAAUGAAGCGGACGAUCACCAUGCCUCAGGCGAGACAUCGAAAAGGAAGAAAAAUAGGAAAUCUCGGUCAAACUCUCACCAUAUUGCUGACCGUAGCUCAACUCCACAUUCGACUCCGUCCGCUACCUUCUCCCAUCACCAAUCCUUGCCCUACAUCAGUCGCUUUACCGGAAAGCCCAUGAAAAAUAGCAGCAUCUGGAACCAGUCAACCCUCGAAGAACGUGAAAACAUCAGGACGUUCUGGUUUGAACUCGGCGAAGAAGAGAGGCGCCAGCUUGUCAAGGUGGAGAAGGAUGCUGUUUUGAAAAAAAUGAAAGAGCAGCAAAAGCACUCGUGCAGCUGUACAGUUUGCGGAAGAAAGCGAACAGCGAUUGAAGAAGAGUUAGAAGUGCUUUACGAUGCAUACUACGAGGAGCUGGAGCAGUAUGCGAACAAUAACCAGGGCGCUUUCGACGAAGGAGCUCCAAUCAUACCUCCUCCUCGACUUUAUCAACCACCUCUCCGAUCCCCAGGACAACAUACUCGGACGCAGGGCCAGUUUCAUCCAUCACGGAGCCGAGUCCAGGAGUUACCUGAUGAUGAUGAGGUAGAAGAAGAGUAUGACGAGGAAGAGGAAGACGAUGACGAAGAAGACGACGAGGAUGAGGAUGAGGAAGAUGAGGAGGAGCUUUACAGCGAUGAGGAUAUGGAGGAUGAUGAAGCUCGGGCAGCUCGGGCGGAUUUCUUCGCAUUUGGGAACAGUCUAACCGUAAAAGAUGGAAUACUUACGGUUGCAGACGAUCUGUUGAAAAAUGAUGGCAAGCACUUCAUCGAUAUGAUGGAGCAAUUAGCAGAGAGAAGAAUGCAAAGAGAGGAAGAUACCCAGUACGGUAUGGCGGCUCACCAGUCUUACCAUGGCCAUAACCAUGGUCCUCUAGAUGAUGAGGACUAUGAUGACGAGGAAGACGAUGAGGAUUACGAUAGUCAGGAGGAGGAAGAGUUCGACGAAGACGAAAUGGACGCCAUGACCGAGGAACAACGCAUGCAGGAAGGGCGACGGAUGUUCCAGAUUUUCGCCGCCCGAAUGUUUGAGCAACGAGUCAUGACGGCAUAUCGAGAAAAGGUCGCCGAACAGCGUCAGAAACAGCUCAUCGACGAGCUCCUCCAAGAGGAGACAUUAAACGAGCAGCGCAAUGCUAAAAAGGCCCGCGAAGCGCAAAAGAAGAAGGAUAGGAAGCGUUUGCAAAAGCUACAGAAGGAAGAGGAGAGAGCCCGCCGGGAGGCCUUGAAGGCGGCUGAAGAGGCGGAUCUCAAAGCCGCGCAAGAGCAAAAAGCCCGGGAACAGCGACAGAAGCGUGAAGAGCAGCGGAAGAAACGAGAGGCCGAAAGGAAGGCACAAGAGGAAGAGCGUGCUCGCAAGGAAGCUGAGAAGCAACGCCGACUGAAGGAAGAACGUGAACGGCAGGCCGAAGCUGAACGCAAACAGCGGGAACAAAAAGAGGAGAAGAAGAGGCGGGAGGAAGCCAGACGCAAGGAGAAGGAAGAGCAGGAAAAGAAAGCCAAGGAGGAGCGUGAGCGCAAAAUGCGUGAAGAGCAAGCCAAAAAAGAGCGAGACGCCGCGCGAGAACAGGAAAUCCGAGAUCGUAGUGGGAAGCGCGAACAAGUCAGAACCUCACCGCCGCACACUCUGCCAGGCGUCAUCCCCUACAAUGUCCAGUCUCAACCUCCUGGUUUAAUGCAGUCUCCGCAUCAUCAUAUGGCGAUACCUGUUCUUCCGAAAGCCUCAACCCCGGGAAGACCACGCCAGCAGUCUCAUCAUGGCUCUUCUGCCUCCUCUCCUCACUCUCAACCUAGCAGCGCCGACCCCUCCCACCACCCUUCCAUUUCUCCCCGUUCCAUGGGACACUCGCAGUCAGGCCCGAACUAUGCUACCAGGCAGGCUUACCAACAGCCUCCGCUGCAUCACCCUCAACCUUCCGCUCCUCUGUCACCGUUAGGCCGUCCCACGGCAUUCUCGGGUUUCACGGGUCUGCCGUUCAACCCUCCUGGCAUUUCAGGAAUGGCUCCGCGAUCGACUCUUCCUCCAGAAUCGUUCUAUUCGUCAAAUGCCGGGAUGAUCAACCCUAUGCGACCUUUCAAUGGAACUGGUGGAAUCCCUGCACCGCCUGGGAUGAACGGUGUACGCCCCAUCCCACCAGCCCGUGCGUUUCCAGUUGAUCCUGGACAUGGUAACCCCUUCGCCGGCAACCAUGGAGUUACCGGCGCAAUUCCAUUGCAGCAGACUGGCCUGUCGAAGCCCCACUCCAGACAACCCUCGACCUCCUUUGACCGCUCGCCGUUGGAUACUGGCACCCAGCCAUUCCCUAUCACCCGCCCAAGCCCUAUCAAGCGCCCAUCCAGCUCAGCCCAAAAUCGGCAGAACAAUGACAACGUAUCAGUGCAGCGAGAAGUGGAUGGCCUGAGUGCUCAUCUUGGGAGCAGUGCGCUUCUUGAUGACACCGAUGCUGCAUACCCCUCAAACCUGUCUCAGUCAUUGCCUGGUGCCCCCGCCCCUGGGCUGUUCCCGGGGCCGACAAGAGCGAGCUUCCAAGGCCCAUCCUUGUUCACGGAUUCUCUCGGGUCCCCGCAGACUAACUUCGCGAUGGGUUCCCCAAUGGGCAACCAUCACACAUGGGGUUCACCAUUCGGAGGCUCUGCCUUCCCUGGGACCCCUUCUGGAUGGGGACCCGCCUCUGCAGGCACUGGAUGGCCUCACAACAACGCCUUCGCAGCACCGAGUGGUCAUCACCGCCCGCACACCUCGCGACCCGUCACCAUCCGCCUGUUGGCCAUCCAAGCAUGCAAACAGCUGGAUUCGAUGACCAGUCCGCCGAAAGGUUCUGAGAGUUUCCACGAUGUGAACCUCGUCCUCAGCCAGGUGGAGCAGCUGCGCAGCCCAAGCCAGCCACCGAUCUCAUUGGAUGAACUGCUCGAUAUCUGCGACACAGAAGGCAGUCCCCAGAACGGCGGCGGAUCUUUCUCGAUCAAGGAUACCCCGAAUGAAAAAUCCGUUCUCUUCGAGCCUGAUCCAAACAGCGCCGUCCCUGGUCACCGCGGUAGCAUCGUACCUGGCGACAUCGGCAGCCCAGUCCCAAGCAACAGCCACCCAGCCCCUUUCAGUGCCUUCGGCGGACCAUCCGUGCUGCGGCAGUACUCCUCCCCUCAGGCGGGACUUUUCGGCGGGAGCUCUUGA